AUGGGCAAUACCAUAUCAAAGGAGUAUGCAAAUGUCCAUUUCGCUUAUGCUCGAGAGGAUUUCCCUACAGCACAUGCCGCAGCCGUUGCCACUGAAGAAGCAGCCAACAACAUUAUUAUUACUGGUGCCAAUACAACCACCCUUCCAACCGUAUCCCAUACUCACAAUCGAAUCUCACCAACUCAUUCCAUAAACGACGAAAUAACCGCUGCUCACGAAGUUGUACAUAUAACCAACGGAGGAGAUGAUGAUAUUGAUGAGGACUUGGUUGUUAUUGAUGAAGAAGAAGGUUACGUCAUAGCUAUAGAACCUAGCCGUGCCAGACGAGGAGCUGCUGCUGCUUUGGAUGUCGCUCGCUUGCAAAAACUCGGUGCUGGUACUGUUGCUGUAGGUCCGAGUGAUUCGAGUCUACGCAAACCAUACGGUCGUAAAGGAUUUGGAAAGACGGGAAAGGAAGUCGUCAGGAAACGAGUACGAGCUAUUACAUUUGGUCAACUCACUUCCAUGGCUACAAUUGGUCUCUGCUCUCAAGGUCUGGUGAAAAUAUCUGCCAACAUGGGCUUAUUAUCAAAUACUACUACUCUUCAGCUAUGCUGCAACGACUUGACCUCCAUUCCCCCCGAAAUCGGAUAUAUGCGAAACUUGAUGCUAUUGUCUGUUGCCAAAAAUAAGCUUACGUCGCUGCCAGAUACUAUAUGCUACCUCACAAAACUUGUAGAAUUCCGAGCAUCCGAUAAUCAACUCACAUCAAUUCCUGCUACAAUUGGAGAGCUUGCAAAGCUUACCACAUUGUCGCUCGAAUCAAAUCAACUAAAGUCUCUACCACAAGAAAUCGGACAACUCAAAACACUCGUCAAUCUCGACUUGUCUGAAAACCCACUAUCAAUACUUCCAGCCGAAAUAGGCCGACUCAAAUAUUUGAGAAAGCUACGACUCGACAACUGUCCACUACUAUCCGAUAUAGAACUCGACAAGUCAUAUAAUCCUCCAUCAUUAAAAGAACUAGCAGCUCGAGUUAUAAUCCGAAACCAACUACCUAUAUAUGAAGUCAUGCAUGAAGAACUCAAACACUACUUGGCAUCAGCCAAAAAGUGCUCUUUUUGUGGUGGUCCGUACUUUGACUCGUAUGUAGUGAGGCGUAAAAUGGUGGAUAAGAAUGAUGGAAAGGUGCCGUUGGAAUAUCGUUUAUGUGUACCACACUGGACGACUGAGGCUGAAAGGUUGCUUGUAUUGUUUGCUUGUCCACCACCAGACACAGCAAUGAAGGGGGAAAGUGGUGACGUUGUUCAAGUUGUGAAGUCAAGCUCGGGGUACUCGACACCUUCGACAUCAGUCAACUCGUCAGGAGCCAGCUCACCAGCUCGAGCAUUGAGAUCACGUACCAAUAGUAGUAAUAGCAUGAGUACUGUGGUUAGUAGUGGUGGUGUGAGCGGAGUCAGUGUAUUUGACGAUGAACAUAUGGCUUCUACAAUGAUCUCAGUCCGCAGCAUUCCAAAGAAUCCAGCACUGCCUCCUUUGCCUGUUGUUGGUCGUGAGUCAGGACGAGGGACAGUGCUUCGAAGAAGUCGUAUCGCCAAGUAA